CUUAGACUCGGUUUACUGUGGCUCAACGAGAUUUUCCGCGGUAGCUACCGCUUCCUUUUAUACGCCUGUUACUGAAAAUCGAUAGUCCUAGGUGAUCGUAGCUUGAUACUCGGUAAUAUCGUCUCGGUGAUGUAAUAGUAUAGUUAAAUCAGCGAUUGUUCCGAGGCCAUCACUUUUUACAUAAAAUAUGUCCAUCUUGGCGAAAAUAGGAUAAGAAACUAUGGUAACUAGUAUAAUAUUGAACAAACUAAAGGUUUACGUGGAUUCUAUCUGCAAAUAGUUUCAAUAACUUGUUUGCUUCUUUCCUUAAAUACUUUUCUUAUAUUUCCACGAGUGAUAUAAAAAAAUGAAAGGCGAUUUACAAGACAAAAAAGAAAUUACAAAGACAGAGGGAACUAUUAACAUUAAAAAUCCAGUGAUUUUCGAUAAUAUUUGCAAGGAAGUUAUAUUACGAGAUAAAUUAUUUCGACGAAACUGGUCCAGAAAGUACGAACAUCUGAUGGGUGGAUUUUUUAAGAAGGUGUUGAUCGAAGAAUGCAGAAAGAAGGGAUUUCCGGCGGACACUUUCGAACACAAACCGCCGGAAGAUACGAUUAAGCGUUCACCGAUUCUUCUGAAACCAUCGCCAUCCAUUCCCAGAACGACAUCCGGUAUGAUAGGCUUACGAUCAUCUCAUCCGGAAUACAAUCUCGAGUUUACAGGUCGUUGGUAUACUUCGCCAAAACAUACGAUUGAACCACCCAUGAAACCUGGCGAAUUUUGCGUAGCACAACAAAAAUUCAUUUUUCUCGGUUAAAUGAACAAACAUUUGAAUAC